AGCGGGGACAACAGUUUGGUAUGAUUGCUCAAGAAUAUUAGAUGUUGCGUAUUUGCUAUUCAAGUUUUUUCUAACUAAGUGGCCGGUGAGAUCUGUUAAUCAUAAAGGAGAGGAAAACAUGAAUAAUUAAUCUCAUGAGACAAAUUUUCGUAAAGAGGGUUUUUUAUUCCGUUUUCUAAGAAUCUGUUAUCACCCCCCUGUAUAAUAGGAGUGAAAAUCAUAUCAGCGUCAUAUCAGUGCCAUAGCAUAACCGCUGGUCAUACACAUAUAAGGCAAGAAAUGCAGUAUCCUCAUCUUAAAAAGGCUGCUGCUUCUCAAAUUUUGGGAAGAGGAGGUUUUGGAAUUGUAUACCAAGGAGAGCAUAACAAUGCAAGGGUAGCUAUUAAACGGAUAGAACUUUUGAGGACCGAAGACCAUGUUAGAAAUCCUACAGAAGAGGAAAGAAUGAUGCGCUGUGAUCAUUCCAACGUUCUGAAGGUUUUUGCUGUUGAUCAAGAUGACGAUUUCAAGUACAUAGUACUGGAGCUCUGUCAGUCCACUCUUCAUGACUACAUCAUUAGGAAAUAUACCGGAUCGACGAUGCCUUCAGAACUAGACGCUUUGCAUCAAAUGGCUUGCGGUUUGCAACACAUCCAUACAGUAGCAGUACUCGUUCAUCGAGAUAUAUCUGCUCAAAAUGUCUUGAUUCAAAGUCGUGAAGGUUUCCCUACUGUGUUGAAAAUUUCGGAUUUCGGAUUCUGUAAACCGGCAACAGAACGAGGUAGUUUUUCCAUAAGUAAAAGUGGAACAGGAACUACUCACUUUAUUGCUCCGGAGCUGCUCAUUGAUAAUCAACUAAGAGGUCAAAGAGGAACCAUCGCCUGUGAUGUAUUUUCACUUGGCUGUGUUUUCUAUCGUUUUCUGACAAUGGGACGACAUCCGUUUUCAACAGGAGACGAGCUCACAAUCACUUUAAAUAUCCGUGAGGGAAAUCAUAAUCUAAACGGAUUAAACGAAGAUCAUUUUGCAAGAGAAAUCAUCAAAGAAAUGAUCCAACUAGAACCCAGCAAACGACCAAAUAUUACUGCUGUGGUUGAUCGCCUGUCUGCUUAAUAAAAUAGAUCGAAUAAACUUGAUGUUCAAUAUUUUUACCAAAA